AUGGUUGACUGUGUUAAUGUUUUAGUGUCUCAAGAUGAUGAUGAAGAUAACAAUGAGUUUAACUACGGUAAUUACACCAAUUACAACUAUCAAACCACAACAGAACCGGUCGCAGAUAUACAAUGGCCUCAAAAUGUAUCAGAAACUACGGAUGACAUAGACAAAUUCAGUAUUAAAAGUGAAAUUAACAGUUGUGAUAAUAUUACUCCAAUCAGUUUAAACAAUGAUAAUACAUCAAAAGUAGAAGAAGCAAUAGUUGAAGACUUAAACUUAAUUAUUGAUAAAGAUAUAGAUUCCACGGAUUUAGAGCCAUGUUCGAAACAGGAAAGUAAUAAGGAUGAUAGUAGUGUGAGCUCCGAUAAUGAUUCAAGGAUAAAGGAUAAUAUUAAUAGUGAUGUGGAAACAGAGGAUUUAGCACCGACAAUAGAUUCAAAUGAAAGUACCAGUGGUUCACCAUACUUUAAUGAAGAAAUCUGUGACAAGGAAACGCAGAAAAUAGAAGUCUGCAAUGUAGAUAUACAUGAUACAACUUUAGUUAACGAAAUUAAUGGUGAACCAACCAUUGAGAAAGAUAAUUUAGCUUCAAUAAAUAGUUCAUCAGAAAAUGUGAUUGAAAGUGAAAAUGUUCCCGAUGUUAAUAAAACGGCAGCUAGUGAUGAUGACUUUGGUGAUUUUGAAGACUUCCAAUUUACAAGUACACAGAGUGAGCAAGUUCUUCCGAUUAGUAGUGAAAAUCCAUGGGACGAUACCUGUGAGAGUUCAGAUUUUGUUGAAUUUAAGGCAAAUUUUGAUAAUAAUGAAGUGUCUAAAGAUAGUAACAAUGUGUCUCCAGAGGUUGAAGAACCUAAAAUAGAUGAUGAUGAUGAUGAUUUUGGAGAUUUCAAUGAUUUUAAAUCAUCCGAACCUGUUAAGGAAACUAUGGAAGAUGUGAAUGAUCAUAUGCCAGUGUUUGACGUCAGUUUACCUGAUAAUGAAUUACAAAUAUGCGAGAGCAUAAGUGGAUUGUUAACUCCAAUAUUUGCCGAGGAGAUAUUAGAGCCUGAUGAUGAGAUUGUUGGAAAACUGGAGUCCUUUUUGAGCGAAACAUGGGGACACUUGAUUGACAUUGAUGUGAGACAACCGUAUAUGGUCAACUGGAAUAACUCGUUAGGUCAGAAGACUCUUCUAAAAGCAUUGUGUAUAGAUUCAAGAAAUAUUCUCUUUGGACCUAAAUGGCAUUAUAACAUGCCAAAGUAUGCUGCUAAUUUGAGUGCGGCACCACUUCAGCCGCAGAAGCAGGUCCAAACUUCCAAUUCUGUUAACACCGACUCAAAUGAAAAGACCAAUAAAGAACCCAACACCUGGGUAGACCCAUUCACACAGGACGGUCAAGAAUACACGUAUGCUGAAGCUCUGCUCCUAGACUUAGAGCACCUUAUGGCCACUUUAGACCAAAUGGCUCACAAACAUUCCACAUUAAAAAUAUCAGAAUUACUAUCACAUGCUUGCAAUACAGAUAAUGAAAGCACCAUUGAACCGGCUAAAAGACCGACAGAUCUAGAUGUUUUUGGGGACACGCCUACACCGAUGAAUAAGAUCUAUUCUAGCACCAUCAAGGUUCAACCAGUGAGACAUAUCAAUUUACCAGACACGCAUAUAUUCACACCUACUGAUUCAGAAACGCCAAGAUCCAAAACAAUACAUUACGACACUGAAUCUAAUCCGGUCCCCAUUCCAAUAAUAGAGAGCAGUAAAAACGAAGAAAAACUACCUUCCGAUAAUACAGAAAUCGAUAAUGAGUAUUGGGAGUUUCAAGAUUUCAAAGCUCAGAAUGAAGUGGCUUCAAUAGAAAUAGUCACUCAACCGACGGAACUCAAAACUGAGCCACAACCACCUGUAAAUACUGCACCAAAUCCAGGUGUAACUUAUCAGACACAGAUUUUACAACCGAUUAAAAUGGAGCCGGUUAUGCCAACACUGAACUGGCCUGAUCCGGGAGAAGUUAAAGAAACAUUUGAUGAUUUCUCCGAUUUCAUAUCAAACAGCGCUUGGAAUACAGAUAAAGGGAAUAAUUCGUCAGUUUUAGACAAAAAAGUUGAUGAAGACACUAAAGAAACGAAAGAAGUAAAUCCAAUUAGAUUAGAUAGUAUUGAUGAUGAUUUUAAUACAUUCCAAACAGCCCCAGCUUCGACUGUUACUAAUGAUUUUUUAGAUACUUUUACAUCUCCACAAAUAGUCUCACAAAAUUUUAUGCCAAAAAUUACACCAGAUAAAAAUAAAACAAUUUUAUCAGAGAGUAAAGAUAAAAUUGUUGACCAUAGCAGCAUGAAGACAGAAACUAAAAGCCCCUCAUUAAAAGCGAAUGCCACUGAUAGUAUGUUCAAGCAAAUCCCCAAUAACAAUCCGAUUAAACAUCUUUCAUCUGACAUAUUACAGCCAACUAAUGCAAGUACUAGUGGCUUCAAUAGAAAUCAACAAAAUUCGGUUCAAAUAUUACAACCGCUCUCCUUAGAAGGUUACUCCCAAAUAAAUUGGCCGAACCCAGGAAUAGAUUUACAAGAUCUAUCUAGAUUCAAUCCAGUUGAUAGCGUUCAUACAAUUAAGAAUGAUGGCAGUGUUAGUGGGAACAGCAAAGGGUCAUCACCAGCACAUAAUGUAAGUGUGGUUCAUAAAGAAAUACCAGAGGAUGAUAUUUGGGGUGAUUUUGUAUCAAGUGUUCCAAAACCUCAAACGGCAGCAGCAAAGACAAUACCAACUUUCCUCGAUGAUGAUGAGUGGACAGAUUUUGUAUCCAGUCCAUCUGUUAAACCGAUCAACGGUUUAAGUACUAUUAGCUUGAAUGUGCACACAAAUUUGAACAUGCAUAAAUCAAACACUAACAAAUUGGCUAGGACCAAUCAAAUGCAACUCGAUAUUCCACAACUGAAUUAUAUCACACCUAAAUCUAAUAAUCGUGGUAUAUACACAGAGAAACAUUUCCAAAAUUUAUAA